CUACAGUACACCCAUUCUUUCACCUUUUCUUUUUCUUUGUCAAUGCAACAGUGUUUAGGUUUCUUUCCUUUUUGUCUUGGUGCUAAUGUUGUGAUGGGUUCGGGUAGUAUUAGGAGGAGAUCUAGGAUUGUAUGCAAGGAGGAUUUCUUGAAAAGCUAGAUCCAGUCAUGGAUGAUGAAGGUGACCCAUUUCCUCAGUUAGGGAGUGUGUACAAGAAAGGUUCUUGUUCCUAUGUUAAUCAGUUGAGUAAAAAUGUGGCAAGUAUGAAUCCAAAUUCUGCCCAAGAUGGGAAGGUUGCUGCAAAGGCCUGGCCUGCUCAGAACUCUGCAUCUAGUGCAUGGGGAUGUUCGAACUUGGUACAGAAACUGGGGGUGCAAAGCAAUGCUUUGACAACCCAAAAUACUACUUUUAAGAAGUCUCCUGGCAAUGCAAAUGAAUUGCCUUUGCAACAGAACAAUUAUCCGAAACACAGACAGAAUUUGUCUCAAGUUGGUUCUGCUUGUUCCAGUGGCCGGGAAGAAAGUCGGGCCAAGGAUGAAUCUGUCUCGAACCAUCAACUUUCUGGCACUGGCAAUGAUGAUGUUGAUGGUUAUGCGGUGUUUAGCAGUGAUGAUGAUGAUGAUUUUCUCUUUGAUUCUGAUUUUGAUUUAGAUGCAAGUGAAAAUAGCUAUGAUGUGUUGAAGAAGAGCAAGUGGUUCAACGCAUUCUUUGAUGAUUUCGAUAAACUCACCGUUGAGGAGAUAAAUUCAGGAGCAAGGAAGUGGCACUGCCCUGCUUGCAAAGGGGGCCCUGGUGCUAUUGAUUGGUAUCGAGGCAUCGAUCCCCUAGCAUAUCACGCAAAGACAAAAAAGACAAGAAGGGUUAAGCUUCAUCGCAUGUUUUCUGAAAUUUUGGAUGAGGAAAUGCAUAAGAAGGGAGGUUUAGUAACUCCAGUUGGUGAAGCCUUCGGCAGAUGGCAAGGACUUGAUGCGAGAGUUAAAGACUAUGAAAUAACCUGGCCUCCAAUGGUUUUGAUAAUGAACACGAGAGACGAGCAGGAGGAAAAUGGCAAGCAGUGGAUUGGCAUGGGAAAUCAAGAACUUCUGGACCACUUCAACUCAUAUGCUGCACUGAAGGCUCGCCACUCAUAUGGUCCACAAGGGCAUCGAGGAAUAAGUGUACUGAUUUUCGAGAGCUCUGCAGCGGGUUAUUUAGAAGCGUCUCGCCUUCAUAAGCAUUUUAUAGAUCAAGGAAGAGGCAGAGAUGCUUGGGAUGGUAACCGGGUUUCAUUCUGUACAGGUGGUAAGCGCCAGCUCUAUGGUUAUAUGGCUUUGAAGGAAGAUUUGGAUAUCUUCAACCAGCAUUGCCAAGGUAAGAAUAAGCUCAAGUUUGAGACGGUGUCAUAUCAAGAGAUGGUUGGAAGCCGCAUAAAGCAGAUAAAUGAGGAUAGCCAGAUGCUUGUCACUUACAAGAACAGGUUCGCUGCAGAACAUAUGCAGUCACAAGCUCUCGCAGAGUCCCUGUGCAGAUUGAGUGAGAAACUGAAGAAGACUGUGCAAGAAAAUCGCAUUGUGAGAGAGAGAACUAAAUUGCUGCAUGAACAGACCAAGGAAGAGAUGGAUUCCCAAGAGAAAUUUUUCAAGGAUCAAAUCAAAGCUAUCCAUCAGGCUAUAGAUGCGAAAGAAGAGAACUUCGAGAAGUUACAGCUGGCAAAGCUAGAGAAAGUUAAAGAGUUAAAUGCAGAUCCAUCUAAGGAAGAGAAUGUGGACAGGGUGAAGGACAUCAACAGGUUCAUAAAAAUACAGGAUAAAGAGAUGGAAGAAUUCGAAGCAGAGAGAAAGAAGCUGAUAAGAAGGCAUGGAGACGAGAAGGCUGCACUUAUGAAGAUAUACUGGGAGGAACUCCUUGUGCUGGAAAAGGAGUUUGAGGAUGAACUAACCCUGCUUAUUGACAAGCAUACCCCAAAUCAGACCAUCAAAUUUUGAGCUGACGAGAGAUAGUCAAGAAUUUAGCGAAAAGCAAUCUUACACACAGGAUACAUACGAGAGCAACAAGAAAGACAUUCAUCUUGUCAUCAUUUUUGCAAAACUUCAUCAGCAUUCCCUUCCAGUUCUGUUUUACAGCGGCAGAGUUUAAUGAUCGAUGUGGAGGUGCGCGGAUUAAUGGAGCCUUCACCUUCAAACUCAAAGGGGAGGGCUACAAGUUUCAAAGAAUCAACUGCGAUUUUUUACAUGAUGUCCCCAUGCAUACCAUGCAAGAGUCCACCUUUAACUGAGGCUUUCCAGUGUUCUUUCUGUCUUUUGCAAUUUUUAAUAUUCUUAAUUUUUCACUUGAUGAUGUGGCAUAUUUUAUGUCCCCAUGGACUCCAUGAAGUUGGUAAACUUUAGGAGAUACGGAGGCAAUCAUCAAUUCCAUUAGUUUGUGGAGAAAUUAAUACGAACUACAGUCAAACAAUUCAAAGUAUUGCAAUUUAUUUAUGUGACAGUGAAAAUUGAUUUUCUAGA